AUGCCAAAACGCCCAAAACCCUUUUGAAAUGAUAAACCGCUGUCUUCAAUCCUAACGAUCCUUUUCUUCUUAACAUUCUCUACCUUAUCUUCUUCAACCUCUCCCUUCUUUCUACUGCAAAGCAAUGUCGAACGAAGAGGAACAACAACUCACUGAGUCACAAGACCCAGAAGAGAAUGAUGAAGAAGAAGAACAAGCACAACAACUUACUGAGUCGCAACAGCAAUACCCAGACUCCGACUCCGACUCCGACUACUCCUCCUCUUCCUCUGACGACUACAUCGAGGAAUCCGAUUCCGAAACCCUCACUUACACCCGACCCGGAGAGGCCCCACCUGAAACCGUAAACACCCCCGAAACCAACAUCCGCAGGUACACUCGGGUGCUGGAGAGCAAGAGAAUCAAGAGGAUCCAAGAGGAAGAAGACGAAGACUACGUUUACAUCGAAGACUUAUGGGAUUUUCCACCAGACCCCGAGAAUUGGCGGGAAGAGGAUUUGAAGGAGUAUUGGGUGGAUGCUCCGCUGGAGAUGACCAAACCCGGUUGGGACCCUGUUUGGGCUGAUGAGGAAGAUUGGGAAAUUGUUAGGGAUGAGAUUAAGGAGGGCCGGGACCCGGGGAUUGCCCCGUUUUAUGUUCCUUAUCGGAAGCCUUAUCCGGCGAUACCGGACAAUCAUUAUGAUAUUUCGAACCCCAAAGCAGUUAUUGAAGAGUUGGAUAGGAUUGAGGAGUUUCUCAAUUGGGUCAGCUACAUUUUCCCUGAUGGAAGCUCGUAUGAAGGCACGGUUUGGGAUGAUUUGGCUCAUGGCAAAGGUGUUUAUGUUGCAGAACAGGGGCUGGUCAGGUAUGAAGGUGAAUGGCUGCAAAACAACAUGGAAGGUCAUGGGGUUGUUGAAGUUGAUAUACCUGAUAUUGAACCUGUGCCAGGUUCCAAGCUUGAAGCAAAAAUGCGAGCUGAAGGGAAAAUAAUAUCAAGAGAUUUCAUGACUCCAGAAGAUAGAGAAUGGUUAGAGAUGGAUGUUGAGGAUAGCAUUCGCCUGGCGGAUGGGCAAUAUGAAAUACCAUUUUAUGAGAGUGAUAUAUGGAUCAAACAUUUUGGCAGAAAACCGGAGAAGGGUCGAUACCGUUAUGCUGGCCAGUGGAAGCAUGGCAGAAUGCAUGGGUGUGGUGUAUAUGAGGUCAAUGAGCGCACCAUCUAUGGUAGAUUCUAUUUUGGAGAGCUAUUGGAUGAUUUAGAUGGUUGCGAUGAGAACAUUUCAGCGAUGCAUGCUGGUAUUGCAGAGGUUGCUGCUGCUAAGGCUCGAAUGUUUGUUAAUAAGCCAGAUGGAAUGGUUAGGGAAGAGAGAGGUCCUUAUGGUGAUCCUCAACAUCCCUAUUUCUAUGAGGAGGAAGAUGUGUGGAUGGCACCAGGUUUUAUCAAUCAGUUCUACGAAGUUCCUGAUUAUUGGAAGACAUACGUGCAUGAAGUUGAUCAGGAAAGAGAAAUGUGGCUAAACUCAUUUUAUAAAGCUCCCCUUAGGUUACCAAUGCCUGCAGAGCUUGAAUAUUGGUGGUCGAAAGAUGAGACUCCUGAAUUUGUACUUAUCAACAAAGAACCGGAACCUGAUCCUGAAGAUCCGUCAAAGCUAAUAUAUACUGAAGACCCACUCAUUUUGCAUACCCCAACUGGACGAUUGAUCAAUUACAUUGAGGAUGAGGAACAUGGUGUCCGAUUAUUUUGGCAGCCACCUGUGAAAGAAGGUGAAGAGAUUGAUCCAAAGAAGGCUAAGUUCCUGCCCCUUGGAUUUGAUGAGUUCUAUGGACGGGAAGUGAUUCAAAAAAGGGAUAAUAUAUGGAAGCGUCUAAUAACGGCAAUAGAAAAUGCGUUGAAGCCAGGAUUUGAUAAACUAGAAAAGUGGACUGAAGAGAAGAAGAAGGCUGGUGAGUUGAAGAUGAAGCUUAUUGAAAAGGAACUUGAUCUUAUAGAGGCUGAACUGUGUUUAGAAGAGGCCAUUGAGGACAUGGAUGAAGAACUAAAGAAGAAAGAAAAAGAGGAGGAGAAGAAGAUGGAAAUGGGAUUGCUGGAGGAUGAAGAUACUUCUGUGGUGGCUAACCUAGAGGACAAAGCCAUUCCCAAAGAUGAUUUUGACAAAGUUGUGGAUGAAGAGGAAGACGGAGAGGAAGAGGAAGAGGAAGAGGAUGAUGAUGAUGAUGUUACACCUUCCAGUUUUGGAUCUGUUGCUGGCAAUCAGAAGGAAAAGAAGCCUAGGGAGCCUCCAUUCUCUUCAUCUUCAUUGUUGUUUGCUUCUUGCAGCCUUGUUUCAGUGGUUCCAUCUACAUUGCGAGAAUCUAUUUUAGCAUUGAAACAACGUAGAUUACCACUAAAAUCCCAUCCUUCAUCAAGUGUGGAAAGCGCCAGUGAUUCAUUGAAAACAACUGAUUCGGUCAGUUUCCCUUUGGUGCUACGCCACAAAGGAAGGUUGAGGGCAUUCAAGCAAGAUCAUCAGAAGUAUCAACCACAAAACCAAUAUAGUGGAAAGAAGUCUCAGUUACACUCCUUAUGUAAGAUCUUAUCAUGUCCUUCAACUACUACCAGAAGCCGUGUAAGACAACCUGAAAAUCUUAACCGUUAUGAGCUGCAUGCUGCACCAAAGAAAUAUUCAUACAGCAUCUUAUCUUUGCAUAUUCCGGUUUGUUAUUUGGAAUCAUACACGGAUACUAAAAGGCAUGGAGCCUCAUUGUAGGAACUUGAAUGAUUGCACCUACGAGGGUCAUUCUUUGUUGAGGUUGCAUUUGAUUGGGUUUUUGGCCAAUCUUAAUUUUAAAGUAUGCACUUAGAAAGAAAAAUAACGUCAAAGUUAAACAUUGAAAAAGCAUUUUGAGCAUUUUCUCCUAUACAAAGAAAAAGCCCAGAUGACAUAGUCCUUGGAUGCUUUCAUUCAGGUUUGGAGGGAAUGAUUAACCGGAAUUUCAUGUAAUUUUUGGCUUUGAUUAAUCGGAUAAUUUAUACUCGAAAAUUAUUUGGAAUUUAAAUUUUAUUCAAGUGAAUUUUUUA